AUGGGCUUGUUCGAUUUCGCCAAAGUUAUGAUGGUUGUAUACAACUUGUUAAUCCUGAGCGGAGGAGGAGGCUUGAUAGCAGUGGGCUUUUGGAUGCAUUUUACUUCAGAUCUAUUGGGGUCUAACGUAUUGGGCGUGUUCGCUGUACAUACCAUGAACCUCAUCAAUGUGGACAUGUACUUCAUCAGUAUUGGAAUUGUAAUGUUCCUGCUGGGAUGUUUGGGCUGCUGUGGGGCAAAAAAAGAGAGCAAAUGUCUCCUAAUAUGGUUCCUUUCCAUCAUUGUCAUCAUCUUAGUUGCGGAGCUGGCUAUUGGAUUGUUUGCCCUUGCCUAUUCUUCAUACAUUGGAACAUAUCUAAGAUCAUGGGCCAGACCUGCCCUGCAGAAUCAAUAUGGAAGACAUUUCCACUUCACCGAACUGUGGAACAGGACCAUGACAAAGCUGGAUUGCUGUGGUUUUAAUAACUACACCGACUUCACUGGAUCCUAUUAUUCUAAGCUCUAUGGUGAGAUUUAUCCUUCCAGCUGCUGUGGAAACACCACACUGAGAUGUGAUUUGCAGAAUGCCAAGAACAGCAUGGUUAAGGGUUGUUUUAAGUGGAUUGAAUGGGCCCUAGAUGAAAAACUCUACAUUUUGGGAGCUGUUGCAGCAGGGGUUGCUGGUACUGAGUCUGGAGCAGUGAUUGUGGCCUUGUACCUUUUCUUUUACCUGGAUAAAGAUGAGAUGAUCAAAGCUGCUUGA